AUGUUUGGGAUUGAUUUAGGGUGUCUCCCGUUAGAUCAAAUUGAUGUUAUUCUUGGUAUGAACUGGUUAGAGUACAAUCAUGUUUAUAUUAACUGUUUUGAUAAGACGAUUAUCUUUCUUUAUUCUGGUGUUGAGAAGAAUUUGUUUUUGUUUGCCAAACAAGUGAAUGAGUCUGUGCAGGAUGAUGUUGUGUUGUUGGCUUUGAUGGAAACAUUGGAUGUUUGGGAGAAGCGAGCGAUGGGUGAUUUACCUAUUGUCCGUGAUAUUCCCGAGGAAUUUCCUGAAGAUGUAAUUGAUUUGCCGCCAGAACGUGAGAUGGAGUUUACGAUCGACUUAGUUCCUAGAACUAGUCCGAUAUCAAUGGCUUUCUAUCACAUGUGA